UUGUUCUGCUGCAGACUUAACAUGUUUGUUUUGUCCUAACAAAUUAAAACUGAAAAUAGUCAAAUAUUGAUUUAAUUCUUCUUAAAUAAUUCAGCAGAAAUACAUGGAUGCUGUUCAGAUUUUUAUAUAUUUUACAGCUCCAAACAGCGAUUAUAUAAUUGUGUCCACUGGGGGAUUUUUUUGGAUCACUUCCUUAAACUUAUUUGCUUGGCCUGGAACUGACAAACCCAGAAAGCAGAGCUCAGAGAUUCUGUUUUCUGCCAAGAUAUCUCCUUGUGUGUAUCAUCAUGAGAAUCCAAGAUAAACUCCCGGGGAGGUCUCUACCAGUGAGGGGUCAAAAGCAGUAGACAUGAGGCCCAUAAUGGUUUGGGGUUGAAGGUUAACUGAAACCUCAUUAUGAGCAGCCCCCACCUGGCUCAACUUCCUGAAUUUGUUCGUCAUUCACCCCAUGCAACGUCUGUGAUCAACGCAUGAACUCCGAGUUGUGAAACAACUGGAACUUUGGAGCAGCGCCCCUUUCACUGUUCCUCAUCCUGUGCCUUCCCUUUUUUUUUUUUUUUUCUUUCCCCAACUGUCCCCCCUCCUUCCCCUGCCAACUCCCCCCAACUCUGAGCUCCUCCUCUGCUCAAAAGACACAUUUCCUGAUGUCAUUACUAAAUCAAAAUGCUGCUCGGCAAACAGAUGUUGUGAGAGGCCCAAUGUGUGGAUUCAGCGACAUAAAUGAACAAGUUGUGAAAUGAAAACAUGAAGUGUAGAUUUAAUUUAUUCAUUCAUCUAAUUUUUCUUGGAACUCUACUCUCCAAAGUGGUGACAUUAGAAACUACCUCAUAGAUGUAUUGUGAGUGCCAUGAAAUGAAGGUUUCCCACAUUAGUAAGCUUUCCUUACUCACAUGCAUGUGUAAAUACAGUUGGCCCUUUAAACAACUUGUCAGUUCUGACUAACAACUUGUUGCAGGUUUGGUCAAAUUAACCCAAAUAUGAAAUCAUGGCUGUCUGCGCAGCACACCCUGCAGAGUCAUGAUUACAUCCACCCCAAAACGCUAAGCCCUAAAUGUUUACUUAUGUUUCCUAUUUGGCAGAGGCAGCCCAAAAGGCAAAUAAAUCACAUGCUGUGAGCUGGCCAGGCCUUCGACUGUGAGAAACUGAGACUAAAAAGCAGAACAAGAGUUAAAGAGUAAAGGGUUUUCAGAUGUGAGUCCAGCCCCAGCUUGGGUGUGCUCCCUUUUAUUUGGGAGAAUGGAGAGGACAAUCUUUGUUGCCUCCACCCCUUUAAAAAAAGGAAGAAAAUCUUAAAGAAGCGUGUGUUGGAGAGGGGAAGAGCUGCUGCCAGGGAGCAGGGCCAUCAGACAGAUCUUCGAAGAACAUCUGGUAACCGCGGGUAACAUUGUUUGGACAUCUGGUAACCGAGGAUUACACUGCGUCUCUUCCAUCCUGUCGGGUUUCCUGUUAUGCCUCGCUGUACACAGUCUAAGAAGUUUAGGUGUGUUAUACAUGGUCAUCAGCUGGGGGAAACACACCUUUAUUCUUUUUUUCUGACAUGAAGGGAGCACUUGGUUUCAUUGGGGUAUUCCUCUCCUUUCUCUCCGAUGCCACUGGACAGUCUACCAUUUCAGCUGCCUGUGGAAAUAGUUCUUCUAAAUGUAGCGAUUUGUGCGACGUCUGUCAUCAUUAUUUUUACGGUCAACGGAUGGAAUGCCUCUCCAGCCUGUUUCAACAUCUAUGUCUGUCCAAUUUUGAGGCUUCAAUGGCAUUAUUAAACAGCAGUGACUGGUGCAUUUGGGGUAAUGUGAACAGUUUCUAUAGCAGCAUGAGCAAUUGUACGGAGGAUAUAUCUGACUGUCUCCUCAUCCCAUGGCCCAACCCUCUGGUGGAAAUGACCUUUGUGGAGAUUCACUCCAAAUUCUUCAGGGAUUGUCCCACAGAAGAGCUGAGCGAUCCACCACCAGCCAUCAUCUUGGCCCUGGUGAUCACUCCCAUCUGCCUGAUCCCCAUCAUGGUUAGCCUGGUGGUGCUCAAGACUAAAAAUGGGGACGGCAGCUCCUGAUAAUCCAGAAUCUCUGCUCUAAAAUGGACCUGCUCUCCCUUCUUUCUUGGCCUGAGGACUGCUUGUUUACACAUAGACCACUGCUGCGCUUUUUAUCUCUACCAGUGACCUUGCAGAGGACUGGAUCUUUCUGGCAGGUUUACCUGCACUUCACAGCUCAGAAGAAUUUCGAAUUGGUCCGCCACAGAGGCAAACGCAUUGAGAGACAACACCAAUUUAGAGUUAAUGUUCUGUGACAACACAAUUAUUGCUGUUUAACGACAAAUGUCUCGAUGUUAAUGGAAACUCAGUGUACUAUACUGUAUCUCGUUACCGCUUUAGGGAAAUGACUGUGAUGAAAGUUUUGUUUUCAACCCCUUGACUGGAGACCUGACCAAUGAUUAAAGUAUUGUUCACUUCUAGUUUGCACACAAUAAUCAGAAAACAGAGCUUCGUUCAUACUGGAGAACCCAGUAUUCAGGGUUAUGAAGACAAAAGCUCUGGAGCUUGCAAAAAGUAAAGGCAAAAUACUGUAUAUUCGUGUUGACACUACACACUAUGUAGGACACAAGACAAGGUAAUUUUUUUAAAUUGCUGGACUUCAAACUUUUUGUAUGUAACUCUUUUUUUUUGCUGCUCAAAUUUAACUUUCCUCUGAGUGAAAAACGAUAUGGAUGGAUACAACAUGUGCAAGCUCAACUGUUUUUUAAGCCUGAAUUAGAUUAACGUGUCCAUGUUUGAUCUGGGACAAGGGUCCUUCAAGUGUGUGUAGGGAGGACAGGAAAAUAUAUUGAGUCUAAUGCAUGGAUCUGGUUAUGUGAGUCAUAGCAUAUGGGAGGUUUGGGGUCAGAGGUUACAGAUGGGACACAAUGAAUGGGUGUGCCCAGAAAAGGAGAUCUCCUGGUAUUGUCUAUUUUUGAACAAGACAUCUUUCAGCUCUUUCCCCUGUCCAAACCCUUGUAUCGUUGCAUCAUCUUAUAAUGAUAAAGUAAUUGAAGGAAAGUUUAUCUCCGUCUAGACAGAAGACAUUUAAAUUGUCUGUGCAGCAUAGUGAUAAACACUGAGCAAUGACAAAAAGAUAAGUGUUAUCUUUUGCCUGAAUCAUGCUAAUGUGGAUAUGUAUUGUUCAGUUUUGACGACGAAGCCAUUGUAAGUGCUUUUAGAUUGGGAACAAAAUGCGUAUUUAUAUACUUUGUUAUAUUUCUGCUAUUGUCCGGAUGUACUGUACAGUCUGAGAGAAUACGUCCUGCCUGCUCUCAUACCAUGUACUGUAUGCAUUUUUAUAUACUUUUAAAAAAAUAUUUUAAACCAUUAAAUCUACAGGAUUGUUGGCUGUCGCUUAAUCUUUUGCUCAUCUGGACAGUCCAGUAAAUGAUUGCAGAAACUCCCACAGACAUGAAAGAGGCAGCUUGUAUUAAGUCCAGCUCAUGUUCAGGCGGCAUCAUUGUGGUGAGAGUACCCUUUCACCUUUGUCAGUAUCUGAUCAAGCACUCCCUUCCCUCGAGUGUAGGGCAGAUGGCAUUGCUUGUAGCCUCAGGUAGUGUUUCACUGUGUCUUUGGUGAGAAGUAUAUUGUGGUGCAGUUGCUAUGCUGCGCAAGUGCUGAUGUAGUGAAGGAAGCAAUGACAGCAGUCAUGUAUCACACCCUCAUCUGGCACACACAACACUGCAGGGUGGGCUUGCGUUUGUGUGUGUGUGUGUGUGUUUGUGUGAGUCUGGCAGGGCUGGGUGGGAAAGUGUGUUCGGUGACCUUCUUCCUCUCUGGAUGUCGGGUCAUCCUCGUCCCCACCCCCGUCUGAUCUCAUCCAAUUUUGUGUUACUCCUUAUUGUUACAACAAACCAGACACCGUUUCUGAUGCCGUUAUGCAAGAUGCGAUUGUGCAAACAAUAUUAAUCGUGUUUUAUCAGUCGCAUUACAUCAGUUGUCCAAAAAAAAUAAAAAAUACAUUAAGUGUGCAUAUUCCUCUCAGAAGACAAGUAGUGAAGGUCAAUAUCCAGGACAUGGGAGUUGUGAAGUGUCUUCAGUUGGGAAACUUUGCCCUCUAGUGGCUUCAGGUGAUACAGGGACAAAGCGAUUUAUGAACAGCAAGUUUUAAAGACCAGCACGUCAGCACUACAACAAAUGUUUUAAGAACUUUUAAAAAAUAACUAAAAAUCAAGCCUUUCUCCGAGCAACACUUGUGUCAACGUGGCUGCUGUUUGUCUUUGCAUACAGACAAACGUGUGAAAUCUAUAGAGGGAGAAAAAGCGGCUGGCGUUUCGGUUGGGCUUUCAAGGAAGGACAGGAAACUAAAAAAUUGAGAAACUUGUAUGUACAUCAAGUCAUUUUUGACUUUAGGCUUAUAAUGAAAAUAAAAUCUGUGAUAAUUCUC